AUGAGCACCGCGCCUACGGGGCCGGAAGGCAGUCCCGCGGGGAGCCCGACUGCCGACACGACGAUGAGCGACCUGAUUGGCGGGCGGUACCGGCGCAUCCGCAAGCUGGGCAAGGGCUCGCAGGGCAGCGUGUGGGAGUGCGAGGACGUCACCGCGCCCCCCGGCGCGCCGCGCGUGGCGUGCAAGACGUUCCCCCUGUCGCACUCCGCCAUCAUCGACAUCCGCGCGGAGGUGCGCGCGCUCGAGAUGGUGGGCGACCACCCCAACGUGGUGCGCCUCGUGGAUUUUAUCGUCGACGCGGCCGCGGCGGAGGUGCAUCUCGCGGACUUCGCGCUGUCGACGGUCGUUAAAGGCGGACUCAACGGAAAGAAGACGGAUCUCGGAGCGGGCACGCGGCAGUACAUGGCGCCGGAAAUGGACCAGGCCGCCGCCGCCGCCGCAGCAGCAGCAGCCGCUGGCGCUGCUGCUGCCGCCGCUGGAGGGACCGGCGUUGCCCGAUGUGACAGUAGCGGGGGGUCGUACGGGUUGAAGGCUGACGUGUGGAGCCUCGGAAUCACGCUGUGCGCCAUUCUAACGGGGCGUCUUCCGGCCGUCGAUUCGGCGACGCUCGCGCUUCACGAUUCGCUGCCGAUCAACUUCGUGUCGCCCAGCUGGAAAGGCAUCUCCGCCGACGCGAAGAGUCUCGUCCGUCGGAUGCUGCGCGUGAACCCGGAUCAACGGUUGAGCUCGUUCGAGGUGCUGGAGCACCCGUGGCUGAACCAGAAGGCGGUGCGGCGGCUCGACAUCACGGCGCGCUGCCCCUCGCUGCUCUUCAACGCGUCGCUCCUCGUGCCGCCCUUCCAGCCCGCCGCGUGCCGCCUCAUGGCGAGCGCGGGCGGAGCUAUGGGCGCCGCGGGGGCUUUUGACACGGCACAAAAGGCGCGGGCGGCCUGA